GCAGUUACUGUAGUGUAAAAUAAAAAAAAUGCAGUUAUUAUUCUGUGUGCUUCAAUGACAGCACCUUAUAAGAAUGGCAAAAAAAUAUAUAAAUCACCAGUGAAACAGAAUGCCACAAUACAGUGCAGUUACUAAAACCAAUAACACGACUGCGUGAUGUUUCAUGUUUUUUGACAGUGUUAAUACAAUUAAAAUGUAUUGACUUGCUCACUUUACUCGAUAUGCUGCUCAUGUUGAAACUGUUGAAACGUCACCAGAAUGGGACGCAUGCACCGGAAUAAGACGAGCGUUACUGGUAUAGUCUGAAGCUAGAAUCAUCUACUUUCCUUCCAGUUAGAGAAAUGGCAUCUACGGGCAAUCCUCCAGGUCAGGAACCUGCAUAUGGACUUCAGAAUGACAGAAAAUCAAAGCUCAAAAGAGCUUUUUUUUCAAAGAAGUCCUUGGUACUGGCAAGUGAGGAGGACGAAAGAUACAGCUGUGUUGUUGAAAAAUGUUUCCCAGAUCUGGAAGACUGUGCGAGUCCCAAGACCAAGGCCAUGUAUGCAAUCUCAGACGGAGAACAGAGGAAGAUUUUGCAAGUCCACUGUGUAGUUCAGUUUGGGGUUUGCACCACCAACUGUUUUAACAUCCGAGGGAUUGCUGACAGCGUUUGAUUUUUCUUUGAGCAUUGGGUGCUGUUCUCAAAAGAGAUAGGUGUUCUUAUAUUUUAAUAUACAGUUAUUCAUUUGUGGUAGUAGAAUUCACAACUACAGAUUUAUAUUAGUUUCAUUUACCUGCUUGACAAUUAGACACAGAGGCAAAGAUAUUUUUUACAUUUAAAAAAAUCUAUAUAAGUAACAUGUCAAGAAAAGUGCAUCUCACAGCAGAUAAUACUUGAUACACUUCUUCAGUGAGAGAGGAAAGGGAAGAAGUGUUUCAUUAAGAUAUAACUCCCAAGUGGUUUUACAAAAUGUGUAUUUUCAGAUUGCACCCAAUUAGUCCCUAUUAUAUGAACAGUCCCAACAGGCCCCACCUAUAGCAACACAAACUCCCCGGUAUAGGGUCAGCUGCAAUUAAAACCUUUUUCCUAUUUUUCAGUGUAGUUGUUCUCUACUUUGUGGACAUUUGAUUAACAAUCACUAAAUGUUAGUAAAUAAAGCUUUUAUUUUUUUUGGUUUAAUCUGAAAUGCCUAUUAAUUCAUUACAUGUAAACAUUCAUUAUUAUUGAUUGAAGACCCUUGGCUGCAGGUCUUAGUGGUUUAUGUAAAAAGCAAACCCAUGCUAUAAUUUGCCAGCAUGGUACUAUUCCUUUUGAAUGUGUAUGGAAGGGGUUUAAGUUGUUCUCCUCGGUGAUUAUCAUCAAACAUUCCUAGUGAUCACUAGUGAUCUGUUUUCAAUUUAACAUAAGUCAUCUGUGUCACGGUGCAUACACACCUGCCUACUAUCAGCCCUCAAUAAAAGUCUGCCAGAUCAACAAAGUAACUAGGUAACCCAUUCUAGUACCUCACCACUCUCUGUGUAAAGAAGUGUCUUCACUUCCAACUAUAUUCUCUAGUCCUGGUUUCUGUGCUGAAGAAGAAGAAGAAGAAGAAGUAGUUCAUUUUUUUCUACUAGUUUUCCUCUAGGCAAUUUCAUAUCAUGUCACAGAAUUUUAAAUUUAAUCUUGGGGUUCUAAAUUAACAUGAAUUUUGUGGUUGUCUUUGCAUGACAUGACAUCAAGAGCUAGUGGCUGGUGAUGAUACCAUGAUUUAAAAAAUGUAUUAGAAUUAUUUUGAGUGUCACCUUCCACUCCAAAUGAUAAAACACAUUGAAUUGCUUCACACAACACUGUGAGAACAAAAAUCUAAAGAACCACUGCCAAGUACAUAUACAUAAGACUAAAAAGGUGCCACACUCAGUGGUAUAGAUUCAUUUCUUUUAUUAAGUGUAUGGUUGCAUUCAAUGCAAUAUGCUCCAGUAAGCAUACCGAUUUAAUCAGCCAGUUUAGAAUAGUUUAUACAGUUCCAAACCAACACAGAUUUAACAAUUUUGACUGGCUGCCGUAUUCAGAAUUAAUAAUUAAGUUGAUGAUAAUAAAUAGAAAUGUAUUCAUUUUUUUUCCCCAGUGAUUUCAUAAAGCUUACAUUGCCACCAGUUUUUUUGUUUGUUUGUUUUUUAAAUCAUAUGACCAUGUGGCUUCACCUACAAUAUUAUACCUGUUUGAAAUAUAAAACAUUUUAAAAAAUCUUUCAGAAAUGUAUAGCUUUCUAUACUUCAAUUAAUCAACUACAUUUUUUGCAACCCCUAUUAGUUAUUUUACUUUUGUCCAUUCAAGCAUUAUUGAUGAGAACUGUCACAUUAUAUGCAACAAGAUAAAACAGAGAAAGUCAUAAAUAACAACACUAAGGCAAUACACACAAUAUUUCAUUGUACCAACCAAAAUUGUUAACUCAAUACUUAUUGUUGCUGUCUGCUGUGCCCUACAUAUCAGUGCCCUAAGAUAUUUGCAACAAUACAUAGUCACUGUAGGCAGCAACAGUAACAUGUGAGAGUGGUAUAAAAGUCAAAAGAUAUACCAAAUAAUUCAUUUGUCUUAAAUAGUGUCAGCAGAAAAGAUACGUACAGUACAUAUUUUAUUGUACUAUCUAUUAACCACAGGAUAUUUUCAAAUUAACAGAUUUUCUGAAUAGCAACUCUUGUGUUUUGUUUUUC